UAAGAUGGACGCAAUCUGCCGCUUAUUUUGACUUUUGCAGAAUGAGGAGCGAUGUGUAUUUCUUUAGUGGCACUGUUUGUGGAAUUUUUGCCAUAUCUGUGCGUGGUGACUGUGCCAAUCUACGGCUCAUUUUGUGGAGUUGAUCUUAUUUUACGCGUGUCGUUCCUUCUGUAUGCAUAUGUCCUAUGCAGCGAGUUCGUGCCAGGUGUUUUGCACCAGGUGGUGCCAUACCUCAACAUUGGGAUCCUGGGCCUGAUCUGUUUGUACCUACCAGUCAGCCUUAUCCCUUAUCCACUGGUAUGGAUUUACGACAAAGUCCUAUGGAUGUCCGAGUUUGGACUCCAGGUUGCUGAGAUUGUGUUAGCCCUCAAUUUUGUUAUGCAUGUCAGUCAGAGGGUGACGGAAAAAAUUGAAGAGGAGCAAUCUCCAGUUUUAAAGUUUGCACUGGUAUGUUUCACAUCACUGUGCUAUGCCAUGAUGGCAUCCUUUGGCUUGGCCAUCUAUAAGGAGGGCUCCUUGGUACAGUUAUGGCUGCUGUUCCUAGUAUUGGUUUUGUGUCUGGCUGUACACAACAUGAUGUGGAUGUCCCAGGAAGGUAUCCUGUGUGAUGCUGCCUUCUCGUGUUUGUGCUGUGUGGCAGUGCUGUAUACCAUGAAGGAUGAAACCAACCUUAUCAAUCAUCCCCUCAACACACCUGAAACCUGGUACAGGUAUGACAAGAGGCAGUCCCUAAUCAGCAUCGGAAGAUACAUCAUCGGCAGCUCAAUAGACAAUGCUGGUCUUGCUCUCCAGUUCCUGAUGAAGUUCCUGCAGCCGUUUUUCUUGGUCACCCUUGGUAUUCGCCUGUACAGUAUACUGUACAUCACUGAGAAGGUUACCAAAAACUUCUUUGAUAAGGAGGACUCCGUUGACGACUACUUCGAUCAAGAGGCACAUCUAUCACCGUGGAGAUCCCCCCUCACCAUGAAGCUUGCUGUGAUUUUUAUGUUCACUCAGAUGACUACAAACCUGUUUUACGCUAGUCAGGGGAUUUCUUUUGCCAGAUUCUAUCCCCUUGAGUUCCUGCAAAACUUUUAUCCAAGUGACAUUGUUUUGGGCCGUGUGCUGCAGAUUCUGGUAGUGAAUGUGUUUUACAUGUGGCGGCUGUACUGUGCAGAAGAGUGGGAAUGGAGUGACUGGUUCUCCUCAUAAGUCUUGGCCAGCCUGUUAUCCCCCUUCCCUGUGACUUGGUUUAUUCAUAAGUCUUGGCCAGCCUGUUAUCCCCCUCCCUGUGACUUGUUUUCUUUUUAAGUCUUGGCCUACCUGUUCUCUCACCUGUGACUGCUUAUCCUGACCAUCCAAUUGUCUUCCCUAUAAGUGCUUCUCUAUUCAACCCCCACCACCCAGUUGUCUCCCCUGAGACUAAUUCUUGUUUUAUGUUACCUCCAAUCUGUGAUAUCUCCCUGUAUCUCCCAUGUGACUUAGGACUCAUUCAUUAAUCCAAUUAAAUGGCCUGACUGUCCAAAAUAUUCCAUGAUAAAUGAAUGCUGUUGGACAAACACAUUAUAGGCAGAACUCAGAAUGCCCAGUUUUGGAGUUUUCUGAAUCAGGAGACUAUGUCCUUUUUUCUCCCAUUUGCUACACAUUUUGAUAACAAUUACUUAAAAUUAGAUGUGAAUUGACCUUCUUUUAUGCACAAAUACUAGUAUUAGUCAGUCAUUUGGUUUUGUUUUAACACACCACACUGCACCACUCGUAAUACAAGUAUCAAUAUUUUUGUAACAUCGGCCUUGUUCCAAAUGCCUGUAGGAAGUUUUGUUGGUUCACCCUCGGAUCAUGAAACAAUCUUAGACUUGUCCUUUUGCUCAACUAAUCAUGUAUGAUGUCACUUUUCAUGACAUUAUUUAUGAUUGGUUCCAUGUAAGUCAAAACUGAAGACAAUUUUAGACUUAAGCUCGUUUCCUGAUCUUGGUCCCGGAGCAAUUUGAACGCUGCCUAGUUUUCCUCAUUGAUUUCCAUCCAGUUAUCUCCCCUUUAACUGUUUCCUUACAAAUGUUGUAGGGCUCACCCAGUUAUCUCCCCUGUAACUAUUUUCCCUACAAAUGGUGUAGGGCUCACCCAGUUAUCUCCCCUGUAACUUUUUCCCUACAAAUGUUGUAGGGCUCACCCAGUUAUCUCCCCUGUAAACAGAAAACGAAGGGCGUAUAUAGCAAGCAUUGACUUUGUCAUGUGUGACCACUGAGUUACAGUUGUUCAUUCUUAAAUUCCAUGGUUUUUAUGCAUGUUUACGCAACUGGAGAUAUUUUCUCUGUCAAAUAUUUGUCCUGUAAACUUGUAAACUUAUGCAAGAGGUGUGAGUUAUGAUAAUGUUUUGUUGCUUUGCUCAAAUGUUUGCUUUAUUUAGAAGUGUGAGUAGCUGUUUAAGGAGUGUGAACCAUGCUGUCACAGACUUCUAUAAUAAUAGUUUCAUCUUCAUUUCAUCAUUUACUUUUUUUUUAUUAUAAUGAAUCAUUAGUUACUUUGAUUUUAGUUUGGAAUUCCAAAAUUUUCUUAAUACAGAUGUAAGAUGCAUCUAAAUUGUUAUGUAAGUGUAGAGACAACUUAACAAAGUUAAAACUGCCUUUGAAUUUGUUAAAAAUUUAAUCAAUAGGAGUAAAACAAAAAUGAAAAACUGCUCGAUGUUAAACACACACUUGUUAAACAAAGAAACAGAAAAGUAAACCACAUUAAUUGAUGUAUUGGACUAAAAAAAACUCUUUUUAUUGGUGUGUUGCAGUAUCAGAAAGUUGCAUGUAAGAUAUUUGUUUUCAUCAGUGAUCCGGCAGUUCAAUUGGUUAGUUCCUCCUACUAGACUCUGAAGGUCCAAGUUUGAAUCCUCAGCCUUGAUACCCUUUUUGGUAGCAAUCACCGUUUGAUGGAUGUACAAAUCUUCACUAUAUACAUCAUGUACAUGUUUACUCAGCCACACGUUUUCAGUGAGUAAAACAGUUUUGAUAUGCUUAUUUCAAAGAGAUUCCUGUAUUUGACAUCAGAUAAUUUUUUCACAGAUAUCCCCCAUUUAUGGACAUGAUUGUGAGAAAGAUGUGGCUGUCAGUUUUUUCUCCAGUGUCUAUUACAUUUGUAGUUUCGUUGGACCCUGUUCAUCCAGUGGUGAAUCAAGAGGUUUUUUGGGGGCUUCAGGACCCCAACCUCCACCCCCACCCUGAGAAUUUUCUUUAAAAAUCAUGCAUUUUUACCAUUUUCCUCAAUUCUUUCUUACAUUAAACACCCCCUGGAAAUUUGGAACCUUCCUCGUGGUUAAAAUCCUGAAAUACGGGACCUGACAAUUUAAAUACUAGCAGUCCUAGACUUGGUUGUCUUCCAUUACAUUCAUUGUUUAUUCUCAUUAUAGUAAGGUAUAUGUAGUAAAGCUGUGCACUUUUUGCAUAAUCAAUUAACAAAACUCAUUAACCCAAAUACAUUCCUUCACAAUCUCACGACUCCUGACUUGUCGUUUGAAAAUAAACGAUAUCAACCAUCAACAAUGUCAUCAAGAUUGAUGGCAGAAUUUGAAAUUAGUUUCAAAACUUGUGUGCUAAUUAUCAAACUCAUUAGGUAAUUUUCAAAGUUUAUAACGAAAUGCUUGCUAAAAUGUAUUACUAUUAUCUUUUUAUUGAGUUUUAUGAACUCAAGUUCGAUAAAAACCGGGAUAUCUGAUAAUCACUCGUUUUGGAACUUCUAUUUAUAAAGAUGGUGCUAUGAAACAAAUGAUACUGGCCUCCUACCUAGCAAAUGUAUGUGUUGGAGUUAUUCCCCUUCCCACGCGAAUGGUGCUGAUGAUUAGGAAACGUAGCGCAGAGGUUGGUUGCAAAGUUCGAUCUACGGAGAUUGCACCGCCGAUGAUGAUCAUCUCAGGUAUGAUGCCAAUAAGUGCCUUAUUGUAUUUACUUGCGUGUCAGAUUGCUGAGAGUUUUAUUUAGACAGAUCAAACUGGACAAUAACAUUGUGCCGUCUUUGACCUUAUAAUGACUUGAGUUGGUGUCUUAUCAAAACAAACCAGACCGUGUGAUGUUGGAUAAUCAAUAUUUUGAUAUGAUCAAUAUACAUACAUUGUAUGCAUUU